AACAUUGUUUCAGUUUAUGUGUAUUUAGUUGUUUUUUUAUGUUUUGAAUGAUGAUGAUGAAAAAGAAGGAGAGGAGGAUGAGAAGAAGAUGAAUGCUGAUGAUGAUCAGCAUAAAGAAGAUGAUGAUGAUGAUGAUGAUGGUGAUGAUAAGGAUCACCAGAAUUAUAAUGAGACAAAGGAUGAUGAUGCUGAUGAUAAUGGUGAUCCUGGUCUUCAAGGAGAUGAAGACAAAGGAGGAGAUAAGGAUGCUGGUCUUCAUGGAGAUGAAGACAAAGGAGGAGAUAAUGGUGAUCCUGGUCUUCAAGGAGAUGAAGACAAAGUAGGAGAUAAGGAUGCUGGUCUUCAUGGAGAUGGAGAGGAAGGUGGAAAUAAUGAGAAAGAACCGAAGGAAGAUGAUAAUAAGAAGACUGGCAAUGCUGAUGAUGAUUGUGGUCUUCAAGGAGAUAAAGAGGAAGGAGGAAAUAAGGAGUUGGAUGCUGGGGUUCAUGCAGAAGGAGAGAAAGGAGGAAAUGUUGAGAAAGAACAACCAAAGGAAGCUGAUAGGAAGAGGAGGAAUGCUGAUGAUGAUCAAGUCAAAGGGGCUAAGGAUAAGGAUAAGUGUAAAAUUUCUACACACGUCCCUACUCGCACCGCUGCUGGUAUUGAUAUUGUUGAUCUUCGUACUCCAACUCCUCCUCCUCCUCCUCCUGUUGUUGAAGCUGUUGAGAAUGUAUAUAGCAGAAAGUCUUGGAGAGUUGAUUCUUCUGCUAAAAGGAAAAACAUUGCUGAUUUCGAUGCCCCUUCAUUCCAACUAUUAACUCCUAGUCCUGUUGUUGAGGAUCUUCCAUACAGUGCAGAGAGUGGUGAGGGUGUUGGAAGUUCAAUUCCAAUCAUCACUCCAGUAAAUGUAAAAUAUCCUCGAGGUGAUGGCUCUUAUUCUGAUCAAUCAUCAUACAAAUCCUACAAACCUCAGAAACAAUCAAAGUCAGAAAUCCCUUCAACACCUGAAUUAUUGAAGGGGUGGGACUAUGACCCUACUUCAGAGAAAGUUGGGAAAGUUGUAGGGAUUGCUGAUCAAGGAGUUGGUUCAUCUUCUGACAAGGGUAAAAAAGAAGAGGAUGAGAAGGAAGCUGGUGAUUGUUUCAUCUUCUACCCUGGAUUGCAUGUGUUCCUGUCAACAACCAUGGCAUAA